UCUAGGUCAGGGGGAGGGUUUUGGGUUCGCUGCUCAACUGUUGAGCGGCUCGCUGUCCUUCGUACAUGGACCGCACGUGUGAGGAGAGGCCCGCCGAGGAUGGGAGCGACGAGGAGGACCCCGACUCAACGGAAGCCCGGGUCCGCAUCCGAGACACCCCGGAAGACAUCGUGCUGGAAGCACCGGCCAGCGGGCUAGCAUUCCAUCCGGCCCGCGACCUCCUGGCGGCGGGGGACGUGGACGGGGACGUGUUCGUCUUUUCCUACUCUUGCCAAGAGGGAGAAACGAAGGAGCUCUGGUCUUCCGGUCACCACCUCAAAUCCUGCCGAGCUGUGGUCUUCUCUGAAGAUGGACAGAAACUUGUCACUGUCUCCAAGGACAAAGCCAUCCACGUUCUAGAUGUGGAGCAGGGCCGACUGGAGAGACGCAUUUCUAAGGCUCAUGGUGCUCCCAUCAACAGUCUGCUGCUGGUAGAUGAGAAUGUCCUGGCCACUGGGGAUGACACAGGUGGCAUCCGGCUCUGGGACCAGCGGAAGGAGGGCCCCUUAAUGGAUAUGCGGCAGCAUGAGGAGUAUAUUGCGGACAUGGCUCUGGACCCAGCCAAGAAGCUACUGCUUACAGCCAGUGGGGAUGGCUGCCUGGGUGUCUUCAACAUCAGGCGACGCCGGUUUGAACUACUCUCAGAGCCUCAGUCUGGAGACCUGACCUCCGUCACGGUCAUGAAAUAUGGGAAGAAGGUGGCCUGUGGCUCCAGUGAAGGCACCAUCUACCUCUUCAACUGGAAUGGUUUUGGGGCCACAAGCGAUCGAUUUGCCCUAAGAGCGGAGUCUAUUGACUGCAUGGUUCCAGUCACUGAGAGCCUGCUGUGCACUGGUUCCACUGAUGGAGUCAUCAGGGCUGUCAAUAUCCUGCCAAAUCGCGUGGUGGGCAGCGUGGGGCAGCAUGCUGGGGAGCCUGUGGAGAAGCUGGCCCUCUCCCACUGUGGCCAUUUCCUGGCCAGCAGUGGUCACGACCAGCGCCUCAAGUUCUGGAACAUGGCCCAGCUGCGGACUGUGGUAGUUGAUGACUACCGCCGGCGUAAGAAAAAGGGAGGGCCACUGCGGGGUCUGAGCAGCAAGGCUUGGAGCACAGAUGACUUCUUUGCAGGCCUGAGGGAAGAGGAAGACUCCACAGCUCAGAAGGAAGAGGAGAGUGAGAAUGAUAGUGAUUGAGGCAGAUAGGUCCUCACUGGGCAAGUGUUGCUCCCUGGGCUGGGUACCCAGAGAUGAUAAGAACUUUUACUACUCUUGUGCAGUACACAAAGCUGUGUAGCCAGAGGCUCAGGUCUGAGGGCACUGGUGGGAGAAAGUCCUUGUUCUGUGGCAGCUGCUCACUCUGCCGGUAUAAGGCAAGUCCAGAGCUGGGGCAAGAUAGCACGGACACAAGUGUACACCAACCAGGGGUUUAAUAUAAAUACAACAGCAUAGAAAAACCCAAAAUCACAUACACUAUAACCAGAAUGUCAAGUAGUGGGGACAAAAGGCAGAUUUUCUGACCCUCUGGCUUAGCCAGCCUCCAAAUAAAAUCAACAAAGAUGACAAA